GCACGCCGGAGGUAUUGGUCCAUUAAACCACCAGUACCCCAGGGGGUCUUAGCUGAGGCCCCCUCUGGGGAGGGUCUGACGCAAAUGCACAUUUGACCAGCACGGCGCACCGAUUCAGCCACCCCGUUAACGGCCUAAAAACGUGGAUCAUUUACUGGUCCAUUAAGAACAAACUCUGAAAGUCGUAGGGGUUGGAAAUUCGAUCAUAAUUGUCAUCAUCGAAACGCAAUGCAGCCAUCCAAAAGGGAGAGACAGUUUCUCGUUUUCUUGUAGAAAACAAUUUGAUAUAUCAUUAUGCUAGCAACAACUGAUGAAGACAAGGUCCUCACACUCUUCCAGAGUCCACACUCUUUUACUUGUGUCCACUGUUUGUCAUUCCCAGUCGUCCUCCUUUCUCCUCCAUCAAACUGUGAUCAAAGUGAACACUUGGAAAGCACUAUCCCCCCCCUUUUUAUGUUUUUGAGAAUUAGCUGUGACCCACUAGAAAGGGGGGGGUGAUAAAGCACUAUCCAGUUUGUUGAUAGGGGGUAAUCUUAUCGAAGGAAUCCAUCGUUCAGCAAGGCUAUACAGUAGAUCUAUAGUAGCGGGGCUGCUGCAACUGCAGGUCCUGUGAAACUGCUAGAGUUGUAAAUCUUUUUAAGUUAUAUAAUAAUAUAAUAAUCAUGUCAUGCAUUGCAUCUGUCAUCAUGGUCGAAUCACCACUUUCGUGGUCGUGAAUGUAUGUGCUAUACUCACCCAUACACAUGCUACGAUCCUCUUCGAGUGAGGUUGUAACGAGACAUGAUGUACAGCAAAUCUUGCACUUCCAUUUUUCGAGAUCGACUCAGUUUUCUGUGGGCAACUUUGUGUUGUCAGGCCAUGCUUGUCAUCAAAUGAACUUGCAUUUGUUCCGGGCCUUCCGGCCAGGGAACGGGUCUAACUUAGCAUCAGUGGAAUGCCCGCUGACGGUUUCUGCAACCUGCUCUGCCACUUCCACCAUUCACGGCCACGAGUAUUGCACACACAUUGCACACAGACGCGAUCGCACAACUCACGUCCGGAAACAAUCGUAGCAUGCGUAAUUGCAACCUGACUCGAAACAGAUGGUAGCAGUAGAGGUGGUUCUGAAAUAAGCACCACGAGAUCCAUAACAGCACGCGAUAAUGGUGGUGAGAAUACGCAUGUUAAGUGAUGAUGGGAGCAUGAUGAUGGGACCAUGAUGAUGGUCAGAUCAUUCUACCAAGUGAAACAAAGAAAGCACAUAUGAAAGAUGAUAGCGAUCAUCAUGGUUAUCACUAUACUGACAACAAUUAUGAUGAUGCUGAGGAUGGUGGCAAUCAUGAGAACGACUAUGGCGUUGAUGGCCAUGAUGAUGAUGAUGAUGAUGAUGAUGAUGAUGAUGAUGAUGAGGAGGAGGAGGAGGAGGAAGAGGAUGAUGUGUGUCUCACUGUCUCAUUGACUUGACUUGUGUCCUCUGCACGAGCCCUGGUCUCUUCAGAUUCACAUCCUUUACUAUGUGAGGAGCUUGCCUCCAUGAUCCAUCUGUGUAGCAUACGUGAGGUCCUAAUGUUUCUCCAAUUCACACACUGCCUGCGGCUGCCACGUCCUUUUUUUUUUCCCCUAACAUCUCCUGGGUGGUGUUAGGGUGAUACGAGCAGCCUCGGGUAGCACCCCUCGUGACCUCCCCAAGAUGGCUCCUGUCUAUUGGUGGGGAGCUGCACCUGCUGGAAACCAGGUCCAGCGUCCCACAUGCCGGAGACGUUACCCGGUUUCGGCUACAAAGAUUAUAUACUGAAAUUGAAAUGAGGAAUGAGAAAACUCCCAUACUGGAAGAGGUGUCUGGAUUACUCUGGGGGCCACCAGAGUCCCGUCUGUCCAUGCUUCCUUUGCUCUAUGCAGAUUCUUCUGAGAAGAGUGGCAGAGACCAAAUCAUGAUCAAGGUUCUGUGGAGGGAAUCUUUCCCAACAAGCUGCCAGCAUCACGCUUGGUACGAAUAACAAACAGCAUGCAAAAGG